AUGGAUCGGAGCGCGAGCUCACUCAUUCCUGUAUCGCGUACGACGCCCGGCCCCUCCCGCGCGCCUGGCCCCCGCAUGCCCAUGUCCCGCAUGCCGGGCCCGCGCAUCCCCAUUCCCCCCAUGCCCCCCAUGUUCCCCCCGCGACCCAUGCCUGCUCCGCGCAUGUCCGCUUGCCUGAAGCUGCCAUGCGGUGAGUCCUGCACCGUGGGGGAGGCAGACGGCAUUUUUGCCGCAUACGCGGAUACUAGAGCUGACUACGCGGCAGCAAGCAGGCAUCCCGCAACCAUGGCUGCCACCACCGUCUCCGCCAGCCUCAAGGCCGCGUCCCUUGUGCAGCCUAAGGUCAAUGCCGCCUCCCUGAAGGCCGCUCCCGUGUCUCAGGCUUUCGGCCUGAAGACUGCCUCCUCCAAGGUGUCCUGCUCCCUGGAGGAGAACGUCCGCGGCUUCGUCCAGAAGGCUGCUGAUGCCGGCAAGACCGCUGCUCUUGCUCUCGCCUCGACCGCCCUGCUUGCAUCGUCCGGCAAGUACCAGCUCACCAAGAUGUGCCUGGAGCCCACUUCCUUCACCGUGAAGGCCGAGUCCCAGUUCAAGGGCCAGGGCGAGGAGUUCCAGAAGACCAAGCUCAUGACCCGCCUCACAUACACCCUGGACGAGAUUGAGGGCCCCCUUGAGGUCUCCGGCGACAAGAUCAAGUUCACCGAGGUUGACGGCAUUGACUACGCCGCUGUCACCGUCCAGCUGUCCGCUUCGGCGGGUUCCUUCCUGGUGCCAUCUUACCGCGGUGCCACGUUCCUUGACCCCAAGGGCCGUGGUGGUGCUCAAGGGUACGACUCUGCCGUUGCCCUCCCUGCUGGUGGCUUCGGUGACAACGAGAAGCUGAGGAAGGAGAACGAGAAGUCGUACAAGUCCUUGAGCGGCAACAUCACCUUCAGCGUGGCCAAGUCGAACGUUGAGACUGGCGAGAUUGGCGGAGUGUUCACCAGCGUCCAGCCCUCUGACACUGAUAUGGGUGCCAAGGUUCCCAAGGACGUUAAGAUCCAGGGCAUCUGGUAUGCCCAGGUGAACUAG